GGGUUGGCCCGUCAGAAUCUUAGAACCUCAGUCUACUUUUUCAAUCUCAAUCUUCACGCUCCAGUCUCACUUCCCCAAACAACUCAUGGACGCCAUAUUGCGUGGCGGUGCAGCAGCCACCAAAGCAGUAUCGUCGGCAGCAGCAGCCGCCAUCACUGGCGCAGGCACAGAUGCUCAGGCUGGCUCUGGCGCUGGAGCAGCAGCUGAGGCUGGCUGGCUGUCGUACUGGACGAGCGACGCGCCGCGCGACACUUCGGCUGCUGGAUCGUCGUCGAUGCUUGGCUUUGCAUCAUCGUCGUCGUCGUCGUCGUCGUCGUCGGCGGUGGUGCCGUUCCUGGCCGGGAUGAUUGUCGGCCAGACGCUGCUCAUUGCGACCAUCCUCACACUGCUCUGGCUGCUCGUCCUGCGCAACAACCCACGCCAACCAUCAUCGGGAUCGGGAUCAGCAUCGGCAUCAGGGUCAACAUCAGCAUCAGCUGGGUCAAUCACAACAGACGCCAAUGGCAAAGCCUCGAAAUCCCCAAUCCGAGUCCGCGUCUCACGCCAGAGCGAGCAGGCAUUCUUCAAAGCGCUGCACCAACAGACGUUUGCCAAGACAAAAGCAACGAAUGAAACUUGCCUGUGGCUGAAUGUGGUGCUCGCACGCAUCUAUCACGACGUGACCAGCUCAGAUGCGGUCAUGGAUCGGCUCUUGCGGUUUCUCAAGACCUCGCUCAACUCGGCGCGCAAUCCUCCGUUCCUGGGUCCCAUUUCGGUCGAGUCGCUGGUGCUCGGCGACGCAAUCCCUGUGAUUGAGAACGUCGUCGUCAACACUGACUACAAUCCAAGCGGUUCUCAGCCGCUGGACCUGCGAGCCGUUUUCACAAUCGAUUUCCAGGGCGAAAUUGCACUCACCUGCAACACAUCGCUGGUCUUGAAUUGGCCCGUGGACGGACUGGCUUCCACAUCAGUCACCGCGACCGUUCGGUUGACCAGCGUUCGUGCCAAGGUCCAAUUACAUCUCCCGUGCCCGAUCCGCUCCACCGACAUGCCCGAGGCGCCGGAAAACAUGUUUUCCUUUGCCUUUGUGGAAGAGCCACAGUUCUCCUUCACAACUGACACGGCCAUUGGUCAACGCGUGCACCUUUCUUCGGAAAAGCUUGCCUCGAUCAUCACAACCAAUGUUCGCAAGGCGCUGAUUAACAAGUGCGUUCUGCCUGCACAAAUUCGAUUCCAGCUAUUCUCCGAGUUGGUUGAGCAACGUCGCGCCACAGCUGAACAGCGGGCUCGUGCACAACCGCCAGUAAUGCUUUGAGCAGAAAGUUGAAACAAAAAAAAUCGAUCGGUUUAAAUCGCUUUGCAUGAAAAAUGUAGCAUUUAUUAAAUGAUAUUGACGAAAACGC